CACGCAUGUGCCAAGGGGCUAGUAAAAAAUUAAAAAAAUAAAUAAACAAAGAGCUCGGAUUUUCUUUUUCAAGUCAAAUGAUGGACUUGGUAAAUUCCACAAUAGAAUAUUUUUUAUAUAUAAAUUACUCUAAACUAUAGCGAAGUCGAUUUGUACUUGAGUGUCAAAGGACGGACUCACUUCCCUCGUCAAAUGACCUAACUAACAUCUCCCAAAAUAAAAUUAAAAAGAAAAAGUAAAGCUUUAAGGAACACAAAAAAAAAAAAAAAAACCCCCCGGUUUUUUUAAAAUGAUAUAUAAACGCGUUACGGACGUAAUUUUUUUAAAAUUUUCUUAGGAACGUUCAGGACGUACUUUGAACGCUAAUUAAUUGUAACUAUAUUGACGCAAGGCUCCCGCGUUCCGCGCUUGCUUUGAACGCAAGCUAACUAUACAUAAAACGACAUCGGUUCAACGCAGGCGUCCCGCGCUCCCUGCUUACUUCGAACGCUAACUGUUCAUAUAUAAACGCUUUGGGGCCCUCCUCGCUCCCAGACUCGUAAAACCAUUUGGGCAUUCUCCAAUUCUCCAAAUCCAACCCAAAUUUCACAAACUUUCAGGUAUCUAUCUACAAGCUAUCGCUGGAGAUGUUUGGUUCAGUUGACAUUCUUGAGCAAUCAUAUAGAAGCCCAUUUAUGUCCCAGUCAGUUUCUAGGCAGACCCGCAAUACUAGUAACGAUCCUUCUGCUCCCCAGAUCUUUGGUAGCACAACCCCAUUUGGUCCACAAACAGGGAGUCCCAUAUUUGGGGUCACUUCGAAUGGUGUAUCUGCUGCAGCCCAAUCUUCUACACCCUUUCCUUCCUCCAUGACAUUUGGUGCCUCAUUCUCAACAGAUUUUGGAAAUACAAUGUCUACUUUUGGAGCAUCUUCUACUCCUGCUUUCAGCAGUUCAUCGUUGCCCUCAAUUGUUGGUUUCUGGUUGUUUGUUCCCUUUGGUUCAACAUGCACCCCAGCCUUUGGUUCUGCCAGCAUGCCAGCUUUUGGUGCUACAAGCAUCCCGGCCUUUGGUGGUACAAGCCCUUUCGGAAGCACAACUCAACCAUCACAUCCAGCAUUUGGGAGCAGUAUAUUUGGUUCUUCCACGCCAUUUGGUGGAUCAAGUCAGCCAUCCUUUGGUGCUACAAGUAGCGCAGGGCUUCGUUCCACAACAAGUCCUCCGUUUAGAAGCACAGAAACUGCCACUGGGGUUUCAAGUUCCCCCGGAAUUGGACCUGCGCUAGGAUUUUAUAUUUCAAUUACCCCAGCUUCUGGUUCGUCUAGCUCCACUUUUGGUACUUCAAGCAAUCCUACUUCUGCUGCUUCAAGUACCCCUGGAUUUACGUGUGGAAGCACAGAAGCUGCCACUGGAGUUUCAAGUUUCCCCUUGGUUGGAUCUGGGCAUGGAUUUUAUGUUUCAAGUACCCCAGCUUCUUGUUCCUCUUGCUCCCUUUUUCGCACUUCAAGCAAUCCUACUUCUGCUGCUUCAAAUACCCCUGGAUUUACAUGUGGAUGCGCAGCUGCCACUGGGGUUUCAAGUUUCCCCUCAGUUGGAUUUCGGCAUGGAUUGUAUGUUUCAAGUACCGCAGCUUCUGGUUCCUCUAGCUCCACUUUUGGUACUUCAAGCAAUCCUACUUCUGCUGUUUCAAUUACCCCUGGAUUUGGAAGCACAACUCAACCAUCACAUCCAACGUUUAGGAGCAGUAUAUUUGGUUCUUCUACACCAUUUGGUGGAUCAAGUCAGCCACCCUUUGGUGCUACAAGUAGUGCAGCGCUUCGUUCCACGACAAGUGCUCUGUUCAGAAGCACAGAAGCUGCCACUGGGGUUUCAAGUUCCCCCUUAAUUGGACCUGCGCUAGGAUUUUAUAUUUCAAUUACCCCAGCUUCUGGUUUGUCUAGCUCCACUUUUGGUACUUCAAGCAAUCCUACUUCUGCUGCAUCAAGUACCCCUGGAUUUACAUGUGGAAGCAUAGAAGCUGCCACUGGGGUUUCAAGUUUCCCCUCGGUUGGAUCUGGGCAUGGAUUUUAUGUUUCAAGUACCCCAGCUUCUUGUUCCUCUUGCUCCUUUUUUCGCACUUCAAGCAAUCCUACUUCUGCUGCUUCAAAUACCCCUGGAUUUACGUGUGGAAGCACAGAAGCUGCCACUGGGAUUUCUAGUUUCCCCUUGGUUAGAUCUGGGCAUGGAUUUUAUGUUUCAAGUACCCCAGCUUCUGGUUCCUCUAGGUCCCCUUUUUGUACUUCAAGCAAUCCUACUUCUGCUGUUUCAAAUACCCCUGGAUUUGGUUCUUUAAGUACUCCAUCUUUCACCUUUUCAUUCCUUCCUUCUUUUUGGAAAUCAACUUCUACAUUUCCUAGCAGCCAAUUUGGUCCUUCAUGUCCUUCUGGAGCGCAGAGUUCUCCAUUUGGAGCUCAAUCAAAAACAUUUGGAAACACUGCCUUUGAGAUAUCAGCUUCUGGGGCCCAACUUUGGGGAAGUAGAGUUCCUCCUUACACAACAACAACUGAACCAGAUGACUCUGUUGGUCUAGAAACUAAGGGAGACCUCCAGUCAAUAUCGGCGAUGCCGAUUUAUGGAGACAAAACUCACGAGGAACUGAGAUGGCAGGAUUAUCAAUUGGGGGAUAGAGGUGGACAUGUUCCUGCUGGAGGGAGUUGUUUUCCCUUGUCGACCUCAAACAUUUUGAAUCCUGCACCAACAUUUGCUCAAACAUCUUCAAGUCUUUUUAAUCCCUCAACUCCAUCGAAUAUAUUUGCUCCACAACUUCCAUCCUUUAGUUUUACAGGCUCUAGGACCUCAUCUAUACCAUUCACUUCAUCAACGUUUCCUCUCUCAACUUCACCCAAUCUUUUCACAACUUCGUCGUCAUCUCCUUCAGUAUUCAGACCAGCUUCAUCUCCAUCUCAUUUUAGUUCAUCAGACCCAUCUACAUUGGCAUUUCCUGCUCCAGCUCCCAGAACAGAUUCAACAUCUAAUUCUGGCCUGUUCAAUUCUAUAUUUGGAGUUCAAUCAACAACAUGCGGAAACACUGCCUGUGGGAUAUCAGCUUCUGGGGGCCAAUUUGGGGGAAGUAGAGUGGCGCCUUACACUAAAACAGCUGGACCAGAUGGUGGAUCAUUAAGUGGGUUAUACCAAUCAAUAUGCGGGAUGCGGAUUUAUGGAGACAAAAGUCAUGAGGAACUGAGAUGGCAGGAUUAUCAACUGGGGGAUAGAGGUGGACGGGCUCUUGUUGGUGGGAACUGCUUUGGCUUGUCUACCACCCAGUCAAACGUUUUGAAUCCUACUCCAGCAUUUAUUCAAACAUCUACCUCAACUGUACCUAAUAUAUUUGCUCCACAAAUUCCAGCCUUUACUCCUACACCCUUUGGAGCCUCAUUUACACCAUUACCUUCAGCAUCAUCUUUUCCUGUACCUGGACAAAUUUCAUCUCCGCCUCUUUUCAGUUCAUCAGUCACGCCCACAUCUGUGUCUGCAUUUCCUGCUCCAGCUCCAACAACUUCCCCAUUUAAUUCCGGCCCAAUCAAUCCUAUAUCUUCUAUUGCACAAACAGGUGGUACUGCUGGACUAACUACCACUUCCUCUGGUGGGCUGUUUACAAUUCCUUCUGGUCAUACACAUAUAUCCCAUGAAGAGAGGUUUCCAUUAGAGGAAAAAAGGAGGUUGAACAUUAUGAUUGCAAGGUCUAAUCGCAAGAAAAAUGGUCAAAAGUCCCCUUGUUCUUCUGUCCUUUCGUGGCCAUAGGCGGCGCACAGGGAAAACUAGUAGAUGCUAUGGACGUCCUACAAGAAGCAUUGCUUUAGGGUUUUUUUUUUGGAUCAGAAGCAUUGCUUUCGGUGUUUAGUUCAAUCGAAAAGUAUUUUUGAUGUAUCUAGUUAAGCUGUUGUUCGCAUUUUCAGGACAAAUUUCUGUGCAGAAUGGUCAUUGACUUGGCAAAUUUAUAAAUUUUCUUUUUUGGAUCAA